AUGCCAAGGAUAUGCAGGGGUCGCCAAAAAUUGCAGAUGGUGAAAAUGGAGAAUGAGACCAAUCUCCAAGUCACAUUCUCCAAGAGAAGGGCAGGCCUUUUCAAAAAGGCCAGCGAGCUUAGUACCCUGUGUGGUACAGAGCUCGGCCUCAUUGUCUUCUCGCCAGGCAAGAAGGCCUUUUGCUUUGGCCACCCGUCCAUCGAGGAGGUGCUGGACAAGUACGAGGGCAGAACCUCGCGUCAGCCUCUUAAUCACGAUAUGCAGCAGAUCGCUGAGGCGUGCUCGCACGCGACUACGAAUGAGCUCAACGCUGAGCUCACACAGGUGAUGGAGCGCAUCGAGGGCGAAAGGAAGCGGGGGGAAGAGCUGACCCAGUUAUUGAAGGCCAGCCAAGCAGAGUGCGGGUUGGAGGGACCAGUGGAGGAGUUGGACUUGGACAGGAUGGAGAUUCUGAGGGCUUCUCUUAUGCAGUUGCGGUCCAAAGUGGCUGAUCAGGCUAAACAGAAACUUGCUGCAGCCAAAACUGCAAACCCUCCUCACAAUCCUAAUGUUUAUGCGGGGAGCUCCUCUUCUAGUGCUGCUGCCCAAAGUGCAAACCCUGCUCACAAUAAUUUUUUUGUGGGAAGCUCCUCUUCUAGUGCUGCUGCCCAAAGUGCAAACCCUUCUCACAAUAAUUUUUUUGUGGGGAGCUCCUCUUCUAGUGUUGCUGCCCAAAGUGCAAACCCUGCUCACAAUAAUUUUUUUGUGGGGAGCUCUUCUUCCAGUGCUGCUGCUGGGCCUUCUGGCCUCCAAGGUUUGGCUAAUCCUGAGAUUAACAAUGUUGGGUUCAAUUUUAAUGGAAAUGAUUUUGUUAUGCAGGCUCCUGACCAGCCAAACAAUUUUGGGUUCAAUUUCAAUGGAGCUGAGCCUGUUUUGCAGGCUCCUGAUCAGCCUAACACUCUUGGCUUCAAUUUCAAUGGAGCUGAGCCUGUUAUGCAGUCUCCUCCUGAUCAGCCUAACACUCUUGGCUUCAAUUUCAAUGGAGCUGAGCCUGUUAUGCAGUCUCCUCCUGAUCAGCCUAACUAUCUUGGCUUCAAUUUUAAUGGAGCUGAGCCUGUUAUGCAGGCUGCUCCUGAUCAGCCUAACUAUCUUGGCUUCAAUUUCAAUGGACCUUAUCAGCACAAUCUUGGUUUCAAUUUCAAUGGACCUGAUCAGCCUAACAAUCUUGGUUUCAAUUUCAAUGGAGCUGAGCCUGUUAUGCAGGCUCCUCUUGAUCAACCUAACAAUCUUGGCUUCAAUUUCAAUGGACCUGAUCAACCUAACAAUCUUGGCUUCAAUUUCAAUGGAGCUGAGUCUGUUAUGCAGGCUCCUCCAGACCAGCCUAACAAUGUUGAGUUCAAUGGCGAUCCUAUGUUUCUCAGUGACUGGAACCCUAAUCUUGGUGGAGAUUUUCUGUGA